UCCGGCCGGGACGGGACAGGGCGAGUACCACCCGGAAGCCGAGAAGGUGCUGUGUAAUCCCGCAGGGAGCUCGGCUUGAAGCGCGCACGUCUUCCAAAAUGCCGGAUUACCUGGGCGCGGAUCAGCGGAAAACCAAAGAGGAGGAGAAGGAAGACAAGCCCAUCCGAGCUCUGGAUGAAGGUGAUAUUGCCCUACUGAAAACUUACGGUCAGAGCACUUACUCCAGACAGAUCAAGCAGGUUGAAGAUGACAUUCAACAACUUCUCAAGAAAAUUAAUGAACUCACUGGUAUUAAAGAGUCUGAUACUGGUCUGGCCCCACCUGCCCUUUGGGACUUGGCUGCAGAUAAGCAAACACUCCAGAGUGAACAGCCUUUGCAGGUUGCGAGGUGUACAAAGAUAAUAAAUGCUGAUUCGGAAGACCCAAAAUACAUUAUCAAUGUGAAGCAGUUUGCCAAGUUUGUGGUGGACCUCAGUGAUCAGGUAGCACCUACUGACAUUGAAGAAGGAAUGAGAGUUGGUGUGGACAGAAAUAAGUACCAAAUUCAUAUUCCACUGCCUCCUAAGAUUGACCCAACAGUUACCAUGAUGCAGGUAGAGGAAAAACCUGAUGUCACAUACAGUGAUGUGGGUGGCUGUAAGGAACAGAUUGAAAAACUUCGAGAAGUAGUUGAAACUCCAUUACUCCAUCCAGAGAGAUUUGUGAACCUUGGAAUCGAGCCUCCCAAGGGUGUGCUGCUAUUUGGGCCACCAGGUACAGGCAAGACUUUGUGUGCUCGGGCUGUUGCUAAUAGGACUGAUGCUUGCUUCAUCCGUGUUAUUGGAUCGGAACUUGUACAGAAGUAUGUCGGUGAGGGGGCUCGAAUGGUUCGUGAGCUCUUUGAAAUGGCCAGAACAAAAAAAGCCUGCCUUAUCUUUUUUGAUGAAAUUGAUGCUAUUGGAGGUGCUCGUUUUGAUGAUGGUGCUGGAGGUGACAAUGAAGUGCAAAGAACUAUGUUGGAAUUGAUUAAUCAGCUGGAUGGGUUUGACCCUCGAGGUAACAUUAAGGUGUUGAUGGCCACUAAUAGACCUGACACUCUAGAUCCCGCCCUGAUGAGGCCAGGGAGGCUGGACAGGAAGAUUGAAUUUAGCUUACCUGAUCUAGAGGGUCGGACUCAUAUUUUUAAGAUCCAUGCUCGUUCAAUGAGUGUUGAAAGAGAUAUUAGAUUUGAAUUGUUAGCACGGCUCUGCCCAAAUAGCACAGGUGCUGAAAUAAGAAGUGUUUGCACAGAAGCUGGUAUGUUUGCCAUCAGAGCACGGCGAAAAAUUGCUACUGAGAAGGAUUUCUUGGAAGCUGUAAAUAAGGUCAUUAAGUCCUAUGCAAAAUUCAGUGCUACUCCUCGCUACAUGACAUACAACUAAGCUCCCCAGACUUGUUGAAACAUUUCUGUUGAUUGAAAUCCUAACUUGUAUUUUAACCAUUUCACAGAAAAAAAUAAAG